UACAUCGAUUGUCUACCAUCUCCAGUGUGAGGUGAUUACAGAAGAUAUAGAAGAUAAAUUCCAAUCAAUCGUCCCAAAAAAACAGGCAAUUCUUCAAAUAAAUAUGAACAUUGAAGGUGUCAGUUUUGGUAGUUGGAGUCUCUAAUAAACAUAUGGAUCAUGGAUGCCUCUGACUUUGUUUUGGGCGGUUUUGCAUCGGUUGGUGCCACAUUUUUCACCAAUCCCAUUGAAGUCAUCAAGACACGCAUUCAACUUCAAGGUGAAUUAGCGGCUCGCGGUACCUAUGUCGAACCAUACCGGGGGAUCGUUCAUGCCUUUGCAACGGUGGCCAAAAACGAUGGCUUGUCUGGACUCCAAAAGGGUUUAGUACCGGCUUUAUAUUUUCAAUUUAUUAUUAAUUCAUUUCGUUUAAGCAUUUAUAAUAUGGCCUUAAACAAGGGAUGGAUGCAUAAGAAAAAUGGUGAAGUAUCUUUUGGUCUGGGCCUGUUUUGGGGUGCUGCCGGUGGUGCCAUUGGUUCCUAUUUCUCUAGUCCAUUUUUUAUGGUUAAAACACAACUACAGUCUCAAGCCGCAAAACAAAUUGCCGUGGGAUAUCAACAUGCCCAUACCGGCAUGAUGGAUGCCCUCUCACAAAUCUACAAUAAACGCGGAAUAUAUGGCCUGUGGCGCGGUUCAAUGGCCGCCAUACCGCGUGCUGCUAUCGGCUCCGGAGCACAAAUCGCCACGUUUGGCAAAACAAAAUUUAUGCUUAAGCAAUACGAUAUUGUUACCCAGCCAACCUUGAACUCAUUUUGUGCCGGCCUUAUUGCAGGCUCAUUAAUGUCGGUGGCCAUUACACCGCCAGAUGUCAUUUCAACCCGCCUUUACAAUCAAGGAUGGGACGAACGUGGUCGUUACAACGGUUGGCUAGACUGUUGUGUUAAGAUAUUAAAAUCAGAAGGUAUUUAUGGCUUAUACAAAGGUUUUUGGGCCAACUACUUGAGAAUAGCCCCACACUCAACUCUUGUUUUGCUCUUCUUCGACGAAUUGCUGUUGGUGCGUGAUAAGUAUCUGCAAGACAAGAGCAAUAGGCAUUAAAGCAACAAACUUGUUAAUUGUGCAAUAUAUUUUUUUUAUAUUUUAAUUGGAACAAACAAAAAAAGGAUAUUAGUUGUGAUUCUUUUUUAAAAGAAUAUUAUUUAUUAUUUCGAUUUCUACUCUUCUUUUGUUAAUUGUUAUUGUUUUGCCAGUACAAAAAAAAGAAAACAAAUUUUUAACAUAUAUAGUUGUUAAGCUUUUUUCGUAUUUUUUUACGAUAACUCAAAAAAAAUUAAAGUGCCUUCCAACCCCGCAGAGAGUCUAUUUAGCUACUAGUUAAUUACCAAAAAACAAAUCCACUAACAAUAAAAUAAGAAACUGUUGAAUAAAUAAAAUACAAAAAAUUACCAAAGAUGAA